AUGCCGCGCCGAGGACCCCCGGCCCCCGGCGGCCGGCGCGGCGCGCGCGACCCGGCGCCCCCCAGCCCCGACGGGCCGGACCGCGCCGCCGAGCCGCCGCCCCCGCCGGGCGCCGCAGAGCCCCCCGAGCCCGAGCCCGAGCCCGAGCCCGACGGCCGCAGCCUGCAGGACAUCCUGGGCGGCAUCGCGCCGCCGCCGCCGCCCGCCAUGGCCAGCGAGGCGGGCGCGCCGCGCCUCAUGAUCACGCACAUCGUCAACCGCGACUUCAAGUCGUACGCCGGCCGCAGGGUGCUGGGCCCCUUCCACAAGCGUUUCUCCUGCAUUAUCGGGCCGAACGGGAGCGGCAAGUCCAACGUGAUUGAUUCCAUGCUUUUCGUGUUCGGCUACCGAGCGCAGAAGAUCAGGUCUAAAAAGCUCUCGGUCCUGAUACACAAUUCCGAUGGGCACCAGGAUAUUCAGAGCUGUACUGUCGAGGUGCAUUUCCAAAAGAUAAUCGAUAAGGAAGGGGAUGAUUAUGAAGUCAUCCCUGACAGUAACUUCUGCGUGUCCAGAACAGCGUACAGGGAUAAUACUUCUGUCUAUCACAUCAGUGGGAAGAAGGCAACCUUUAAGGAUGUCGGAAGCCUUCUCAGAAGCCAUGGGAUCGACUUGGACCAUAAUAGAUUUUUAAUCUUGCAGGGCGAGGUGGAGCAGAUUGCCAUGAUGAAGCCGAAGGGCCAAACGGAGCACGACGAGGGCAUGCUGGAGUACCUGGAGGACAUCAUUGGCUGUGCGCGGCUCAACGAGCCCAUCCAGGUCUUGUGUCGGAGAGUGGAGCUGUUAAACGAGCACCGUGGGGAGAAGUUAAACAGAGUCAAGAUGGUGGAGAAGGAAAAGGAUGCCUUAGAAGGAGAGAAGAACUUGGCCAUUGAAUUUCUUACCUUGGAAAAUGAGAUAUUUCAGAAAAAGAAUCACGUUUGUCAGUAUUACAUUUAUGACCUGCAGAAACGAAUUGCUGAAAUGGAGAAUCAAAAGAACAAAAUUCAUGAAGAUACCAAAGAAAUCAAUGAGAAGAGCAGUAAACUGUCCAGUGACAUGAAAGAGAAGAAUAAAGCUGUGAAAGACGUAGAGAAGAAACUGAAUAAAAUUACAAAAUAUAUUGAGGAGAACAAAGCAGAAUUUACAAAGCUAGAUUUGGAAGAUGUUCAAGUUAGAGAAAAAUUAAAACAUGCUACAAGUAAAGCAAAAAAACUGGAGAAACAACUUCAAAAAGAUAAAGAAAAGGUUGAAGAAUUAAAAAAUGUACCUGCUAAGAGUGAAAAAAUUAUAGCUGAAACAACAACUCGAAGCCAUGCCCUCGAGAAGGAAAGAGAGAAGGAAGAAAAGAAAUUAAAGGAUGUCAUGGAUAGUCUUAAACAGGAAACACAAGGGCUUCAGAAAGAUAAAGAAAGUCAAGAACAGAAACUGAUGGCUUUCAGCAAAUCUGUCAACGAGGCGCGCUCAAAGAUGGACGUGGCCCAGUCCGAGCUCGACAUCUACCUUAGUCGCCACAACACUGCCGUCUCGCAGUUAAAUAAGGCCAAGGACGCUCUCGCCACAGCCUCGGAGACGCUGAGGGAAAGGAAAGCUGCAGUCCGGGAGAUAGAGGUGAAGCUCCCUCAGGCCGAGCGGGAGCUGUCGGAGAAAGAAAAGGAACUUCAAAAACUUACACAAGAAGAAACAAACCUCAAAAGUUUGGUUCGUGAUCUUUUCCAAAAAGUUGAAGAAGCGAAGAGUUCCUUAGCAAUGACCCGAAGUCGGGGCAAGGUCCUUGAUGCAAUCAUUCAGGAGAAGAAGUCUGGCCGGAUCCCCGGGAUAUACGGGCGGCUGGGGGACUUGGGAGCAAUUGAUGAAAAAUAUGAUGUUGCCAUUUCAUCUUGUUGUCAUGCACUAGACUACAUUGUUGUUGAGUCCAUUGAUAUAGCCCAGGAAUGUGUGAAUUUCCUUAAAAGACAAAAUAUUGGAGUUGCAACCUUUAUAGGGUUAGAUAAGAUGGCAGUGUGGGCCAAGAAGAUGGGCAGAAUUCAAACUCCGGAAAAUACUCCUCGUUUAUUUGAUUUAGUAACAGUGAAAGAUGAUAAAAUUCGCCAAGCUUUUUACUUUGCUCUGCGGGAUACCUUAGUCGCUGACAACUUGGAUCAAGCCACGAGAGUAGCGUAUCAGAGUGACCGGAGGUGGCGGGUGGUGACUCUGCAGGGACAGAUCAUAGAGCAGUCAGGGACCAUGACGGGAGGUGGCAGCAGAGUGACGAAAGGCAGGAUGGGGUCCUCAGUCAUCACCGAGCUCUCCGAGGAGCAGGUGAAUACGAUGGAGGUGCAGUUGCAGAAAGAUUCUCAGCGAGCAGCACAAGUCCAAGAGCAGAAAGGACAGUUGGAGGAAGCGGUGCUGAAGCUUCGGCAGAGUGUGCGGGAAAUGAGGAGCACGCUGGAGAAGUUCACGGCGAGCAUUCAGCAUUUAUCAGAGCAAGAAGAAUAUUUGAAUGUACAGGUUAAGGAACUUGAAGCUAAUGUACUUGCUACAGCCCCUGAUAAAAAGAAGCAGAAAUUGUUGGAAGAGAACGUUAAAGCUUUCAAAGCGGAGUAUGACAGCGUGGCUGAGAAAGCGGGUAAGGUUGAAGCUGAAGUGAAAAGGCUGCAUGACCUCAUCAUAGAAAUCAACAACCAUAAACUCAAGGCCCAGCAAGACAAACUCGAUAAAAUAAACAAGCAGCUGGAUGAAUGUGCCUCUGCCAUUACUAAGGCCCAAGUAGCCAUCAAGACUGCGGACAGAAAUCUGAAGAAAGCAGAAGAGACUGAGUUUCGCACAAAGAAGGAAAUAAAAGAUACUGAGAAAGAAGUGAAUGAUUUAACAGCAGAACUGAAAGGCCUGGAGGACAGAGCAGCAGCAGUCGUCCAGAACACAAAUGCGGCUGAGGAAUCUUUGCCAGAGAUCCAGAAAGAACACCGGACUCUACUUCAGGAACUGAAACUGAUUCAAGAAAGUGAACAUGCUCUUCAGAAAGAUGCACUUGGCAUUAAGUUGAAACUUGAACAAAUAGAUGGUCAUAUUGCUGAACAUAACUCUAAAAUAAAAUACUGGCAAAAAGAGAUUUCAAAAAUAUCGUUGCAUCACAUUGAAGGUAACCCUGUCAGAGAAAUUCCAGUUCUAAGCCCAGAAGACCUUGAAGCCAUCAAGAACCCAGAUUCAAUAACAAGUCAGAUCGCACUUUUGGAAGCCCAGUGCCAUGAAAUGAAGCCAAACCUCGGUGCCAUUGCAGAGUUCAAGAAGAAGGAAGAACUAUAUUUGCAACGGGUAGCUGAAUUGGACCAAAUUACUUCUGAGAGAGAUAAUUUCAGACAGGCGUAUGAAGAUCUUCGGAAGCAGAGGCUCAAUGAAUUUAUGGCAGGCUUUUCUAUAAUAACAAACAAAUUAAAGGAGAAUUACCAGAUGCUUACUCAGGGGGGCGAUGCUGAGCUGGAGCUGGUGGACAGUCUGGACCCUUUCUCAGAAGGAAUCAUGUUCAGUGUUCGGCCACCCAAGAAAAGUUGGAAGAAGAUCUUUAACCUUUCAGGAGGAGAAAAGACACUGAGUUCAUUGGCAUUAGUAUUUGCUCUUCAUCAUUACAAACCCACGCCCCUUUACUUCAUGGAUGAGAUCGAUGCUGCCCUUGAUUUUAAAAACGUGUCCAUUGUUGCAUUUUAUAUAUACGAACAAACAAAAAAUGCUCAAUUCAUCAUAAUUUCUCUUCGAAAUAACAUGUUUGAGAUUUCAGAUAGACUUAUUGGGAUUUACAAGACAUACAAUAUAACAAAAAGUGUGGCAGUAAACCCAAAAGAAAUUGCAUCUAAAGGACUCUGUUGAUACCUCAAAAUGAAUCUGCAGGUUCAGUGUAUUGUAUUACUGAUUUUUUUAUUGUAAAUAAUUGCAAAUUGUAUCAUAUAUAUUCAUAAACUGGCUUUUAUUUUAUUUAAUAGUGUGUGCCUGCUGCUUCUAGGAGUGUAAGAAUCCGAUGAUUUUAUAAAUUGCAGGUGGGAGUGGGGAAAGUCUGAGUGGUCAGGUGCCUUUUCCUUAAUCCCAAAUCAGUCUCUGGUUCAACUAGAUGGUGAUGUCAAGGCUCGGCGCAUCCUCGUGGACCUUUUGAAGUGGCCUCUGGUUACUCUGGUUCAGCCUUAGGUUACCAGUGUAACAAUCACUAAUCCCAAAUAUUAAAGGAAUUUUUUAAACCUUUGAUUAUGAAUUUUAAAGAAUGAGAAUUGAUGUCAUUUGCUUUUCAAUAGCUUGGUAUACUUAGAACACUUGUUUGGAGGGGCCAAUAAACUAAUAAUGUUUUUGAACAUAAUUUUUAAAUAAAAAUAUAUCCCAACUAAG